AUGUAUUAUCGUGGAUUUUAUCGAGGAGCUCCAUUUUGUCGUUUUGGAUUUGGCGGUUUAUUUUUAUUAGGUGGCGCUUUUAUUUUGGGUUCAAUCGUAUCAGGAAACCGCCCUUACUGGUCUAGAAGUUUCCAUCACUGGGGUUGUCAAUGUCCAGACUGUGUUAGAAGAUCAUUAAGGUUUAGAAAUCAUCAUCAUAUGGGCUGUCAAUGUCCUGAAUGCUCAUUAAGAUUAAAACAUAGCAAUUAUCAUGAAACGAAUGAUUCCCAACAAGGAAUUGACAACCGUUUUGAAAGGUAUGGCGAUAACCACAAUUACCCAAGAAAUGAACCAUCUUCAAAUAAUGGAAAUAACGGUCCCAUGUGA